AUGGAUGAAUUCGAAAAGCCUGUCACUGCCCAUAUCGAGGAGAGUCUCAAGAAAAACAACGAUGGCACUCAUGUAGAUCUACAAGCUGCCGGCUGCAAUCAACUACAGCCUCGGCCCUCCGCGGACCCGAAUGACCCGCUGAAUUGGACAGGUUUCGAGAAACAUACAACCCUGAUGAUCGCCGUACUCAUGGUUUUCAGCGGGCCAUUCGAUGGUGCAUCGCCUGCCUCGGGCUUCAAUGUUCAGGCGAAUGAUUUCGGUGUCCCCGUCGCCGACAUGCUUGAAAGCAUUGGCACUCAAUCGAUCAUGCUUGGAAUAGGGUUGUUCAUCUGGGUGCCACUGUCUAACAGAUACGGUCGAAAGCCGAUUUACCUAAUUUCUGCCAUCACCGCCAUGAUGGGAUCUCUGGGCUGUGCUCUUGCGAACUCACUGGGUGGAUUCAUCGCGGGAAGAAUGGUCAAUGGUUUUGGAUGUUCAGGGCCCAUGUCACUGGUCUCACUGACCGUUAAAGAUCUUUUCUUCGUGCACGAACGUGGGCAGAAAAUGGGAUUAUGGACACUCUUCUUUGGAAUCUCACCCUACAUUGGAUCUCUUCUUGACGGUGUCAUGACUACAUACACAAGCUGGCGAUGGAUGCAAUGGCUUACAUUCUUCUUUUGGGUAUUUCUCACCGGAGGUUGUCUCCUCAUGCCUGAGACACUUUAUUACCGUCAAGCAGCGCCGGAAAAUAUUCCCCUAAGGGAGCCCUUCUGGGAAAGAGUCAAGUUAAGAAGGUUUGAAGGUGAUUUAACAUGGCAUUCGUUUUAUCGACCCAUUACUAUGGUUUGGUAUCCUUCUAUUCUCUUCCCCUCAGUCUACUACGCAAACGUUUACGGAUUUUCUGUUUAUGGUUUUCUUGGCGUCCUGCCUUUUGCCUUUGGAGAGCUGUAUGGCUUUAACUCUGUUGGUCAAGGCUUGGUAACACUAGCAUUCCUCGUCGGUACCAUAAUCGGAGAGCCCAUGGCUGGGCCCUUUUCCGACUGGAUAGUUCAAAGGCAGGCCAAGCGGAGCGGGGGCGUGCGAUGUCCAGAGCAGCGUUUGCGCGCCAUCUGGCUCGGUGUGGUCUUACUACCAAUCAGCCUUAUCCUCUUUGGGUGUACGAUCCAUUAUCACACACACUGGAUCGGCCCAUGCAUUGGCAUGGGCCUCUCCGCAUUUGCGAUUCAGAUUAUAUCUACGGUAUCAGUCACAUACGCUAUUGAUUGUUAUGAUCAUGCUGCCGGUGAUGUUAGCCUUCUCUACAACUUUUUGAGACAAUUAUUCUCUUUCUAUGUGCCUUUCUACAUCCACGGAUAUGUUACAAGUGUGGGGUACGCAUGGGCGUUUGGGAUCUAUGCCAUCAUCAGCAUGUGCUUGUCCCUUCCAUUAGUGAUCCUGAAUCUCUAUGGUACCAUAAUCCGCAAUAAAUUGGGGCACAUUUACGACGCAGGACAGGCAGAAGUCGAGAUUACAUGA